AUGGACGACGUCGCAACGCUCAAGCGCCGCGUGAACCGCGACAAGAAGCGCGCGUUCCGCAUCAAGGUCCAGCAGCAGCUUGAUUUUCUUCGGCGCCGCGUCAUUGAGCUCGAAGCCGACCUCAGAGCGUGCCUCGCGUCAACAGUGCUGCCAUGGGCCGAGGUCGCGCGCGCCCUUCGCGACGACGUCACGGACGGCUACGCUACCCAGCGCGCCCUUCGACAGCAGCUCGCACGGCAGCAGCACGUCGCCCUCCUUAUGGCUCGCUGGGUGGACGCCGUACCGCCGUCGCUCUCGGCGCCGCCGUCGUUCACGCCCAUCUCGCUCGACAAGGACCCCGAGGCGCGGCAGCUGGGCCUCGACUGGGUCACCAAGCAGCUGUACGUGCACCGGUACGCCGUCAUGGACGGCUUGCGCCUCCCAAUCGACAACGUCCAGAGCUUUGACGUCACUUUGGCCGGCGCUAAUGUUGUCUUUCGCCUCGUCCAGCGCCGGAUCUGGACCAACACGACAGUGGCCGUCGUCGCCGGCGCGUAUCACCGUCUCUACGAGCGCAACUCGUUCCACUUUGGUCUCUCGGGGCGCCGCAUCCUCGACAACGCGCUGCCAGGUACCAUCUACAGCCGCGACGCCCACGAAAACAUCGUAUACCGGUCGUUUCCGUCGGCGCUCGAGUUUGUGCAUGUGAGCCAGACCAUCCACGACGACCACAUGUACCCGACCAGCGCCGAGCCGUCGCGCAACAAGACCGCGUGGUACUAA